AUGGCAUCCAUCUUUGCGCAAGCACAGCUACAGCCGCCGCUGCCACAGCCGCUUGGCGCGCUGUCGUCCAUCGAUCGACCGAUCGAUAGUUCAAAGGCUCUGUUUCUUGCACGUGUGCGUGCGUGCCUGCGUAAGUGUGCAAUUCCUAACAAACCGCCUGCUCGCCUCAUCGAUCGGCUCGCCGAUGCGCUGCGCCAUGUGUCACUUGUCAGCCACAUACGCUCAGAGCUCAAAUUAUUUGUGCCUGCGUGUCAAUUCUUUUGGCCUCAAAACUUACGAAAUUGUCUCUUUUCCUCCCUCCAUCUCUUUGGAUUCCAAGCUUAUUUUAUUAACCACAGCGACAAUGGUGCACAAGCCUUAACACAGUGGCGCACUCAUAAGACCAUAGUGGUUGCACCCCCCACACCGCCCCACUCUUCAAGCCCGAAUCAGGAGGAGGGUCCGAUUUUUCCUUCUCCACUUCGGCUGCUAGCGCCGCCGACACCUUCGCACAAAGCCUUAUCAUUACUGCGCACUGAUAAGACCACUGGCUGGCCCCUUCCUGUGCGCAGUCCGUAUCAGUCGUGUCAAUAA